AUGUCGUUUAAAAGAGAUAUCAGACUGCUGAAACUACUUCCGAGAGAUAUCAACGCCAAGCUCAAGUGGAUCCCAGCUUGCCAAAUUAUCCAUACCGGCCUUGAUAGCCACCCGGAGUUCGUAGCGCUGUCCUAUGUGUGGGGCGAUGCCAAAGAUUCACGGGUGAUACUCGUCGAAAAGCACCGCGUUCGGGUGACCAAAAACUUGUAUGAGGCGAUGAUGGCACUCAGACCACUCAAAGAACCCAUCUUAAUCUGGAUCGACGCUCUUUGCAUCAAUCAAGCAGAUGAAGAAGAGAAGAGCUGGCAGGUUGGGCUCAUGGCAGAGAUCUACCGUCAUGCGUUCCAGACCCAUGCUUGGCUUGGCCCAGCAGAUGAGAGUAGUGAUUCAGUCAUGGAUUACCUUAACGCUCUCGGAGCAAAAGCUGAAGCUUGCUGUAUGGACGAUCACCUAUUUCCAGUCGCUAGCAUGAAGAGCCUUUUCACCCGACCAUGGUGGGGACGGGUAUGGGUUUUGCAGGAAAUCACCGUUCCAAAAAAUGCAGAAUUCGUUUGUGGAACCAAGAAAAUCACACGAAGUCGAUGUAGCGUUGCC